ACAAAAAUACACACACACUCGCUUUGCCUGCCUGCCUGUUUGUUCUGAUCAACACAUACAUAGAGAUUCACCAACCCAAACCCUCUCUCUCUCUCUCUCUCUCUCUCUCAUUUGGCAAACCCUGCAAUUCCCGAAACCCUAGAAAUCAAUCUCUCCCCGUCUGGUUCUCCCCUCGGCCAUUUUCGUAAUCUGCAAGUUUUGGCUUGCAGAAAGCUAAUUUCGUCUUUUAAUUUAGUAUCUUUGGCUUUUCAAAUUCCUGCAGCAAUUGAUUCGUUGACGAUGGCUCACGGAAAAGUCAGUCUCCCUCAAGAUCUCCUCCCCUCGCCGAUCUUCUCCGCCACCAAAGAUGGAGCCUUGGAAGGAAAUGCUGAGGGAAAGGCUCUAACGGGGUCACUUGAUGAUUCAAAAGAUCAUUUAGCAUCUGAGAGCAGCAUACCUUUGUCACCACAAUGGCUACAUGCUAAAUCAGUUGAGGCUAAGCCACUUGCAAGUGGAACAUCAGGAGAAAUCCAUGCACCAGGGUCUUUGUCGCAUGGUAACUCUAUUGAUUCCAAUGCGAGAGACAUUUGGCGUUCAGAUGGUUCUCGGGACAGAAAAGAUUGGAGGAGGAAUGCACCUGAUUUAGAUGUUAACCGUCGCUGGCGUGAGGAGGAGAGAGAAACAGGCUUACUUGGUAGGAGGGAUCGCAAAAAAGAAGAUCGCCGUGUAGGAGUCACUUCAACUAGGGAUAUUGCUGAGAAUCGAGCAGAAGAUCAUCGAGCAGGUGGCCCUUCUACUAGGGAUGUUAGUGAGAAUAAAAUUUUGUCUUCUGAUCGCUGGCAUGAAUCCCGGAGAGACAACAAAUGGUCAUCAAGGUGGGGCCCUGAAGAUAAAGACAAGGACUCUCGAAUAGAGAAGACAGAACUUGAGAGAGAAGAUGCUCAUGUUGACAAGCAGUCUCUUGUCAGUAGCAAUCGUGCAAUUCCUGAACGUGAUGGUGAUUCUCGCGAUAAAUGGAGGCCACGCCAUCGCAUGGAGGUUCAGUCCGGGGGGCCAGCCCCAUACCGUGCCGCACCGGGAUUUGGGAUGGCCAGAGGACAGGUGGAAAAAGUAGGAUUUGCUUCUGGCCGAGGGAGGUCCAAGACUAAUGGUAGCCUACAGAUUGGAAAACCUUCCUCUGUAUCCACUAUCGGGUCUGUUCUGGAUCAGAAUCAAAGUGUAUUGGGAAACACUGGCCCCUUUAAUGAGAAGUAUCGUUACCCCAGGGGAAAGCUCCUUGAUAUCUAUCGUAAGCAAAAGAUAGAAUCAACUUUCGAUAUUGUGCCUGAUGGGAUGGAGCAUGUCUCUCCAAUUACCCAAGUGGGCUCUAUUGAGCCAUUGGCCUUUUCUGCACCUCAUGCAGAAGAAGAGGCUGUUAUGGAAGAUAUAUGGAAGGGAAGAAUCACUAGCAGUGAAAUGUUGUGCAGUUCCUCCAGAGAAAAGAAUGUGUUAAAUGAUGAUGGUAAAGGAACUAGUAAUGCCUCCUUAAGAAAGGAAGAUCAAAAGAUUUCACUGCAGACUGAAGAAAAUGCCCUAUCUACUGGAGAGCCCAUCUUAAACAAUUCUUUUCCAGUUAUCGGUACUGAGGUCUCAACUAUCUGUGGCCCACGGACACAUAUUUUAAAUGAAUGGGUUGAAGGUGAGCGCAGAGUUCCUAUUGUCACAGCAGUUGCUGAUGGAUCAAAUCUGGUUGCUUCAAAGAACUAUGAUUGCAAAAGUGCUGGGGAGAUUGAUGGCCUCAGUAAUAGUGUCGCUGAACUAAGAAUUUCUGGAUGCCAGGAUGUGAGAGAUUUUGGUCUUCCAAAGCAUUCUAUGUCGGAAAAUUUUGAACCAGCUACUACUGUGAUUGGUAGCCAGCUUCCUGAUGAUUCAAGUUCACUUUUUCACAUUCCUUCUCUACAGCAAACCUCGAGUAGUGAUCAAUAUGUCAAGAGCAACGAGAAGGCAGAUCUGGAAAGGGUUGUCUCAUUUGAGGAUUUAAGUUUAUGCUAUCUUGAUCCUCAAGGAAACAUCCAGGGACCUUUCCUGGGGAUCGACAUAAUUUCAUGGUUUGAUCAAGGAUUCUUUGGAACUGACUUACUGGUGCGCUUGGCUGAUGCUCCUAAUGGUUCUCCUUUUCAAGAACUCGGUGAAAUGAUGCCAAAUCUGAACACUAAAUCUGGAUUGGUCUCCAACUCCAAUUUGCCUACCAACAUGGAAUCAUUUGGUGGUGUUGGAAGCAUCCUGGAAGAGAGAAAAACUGCUCCUCACUAUGAGGAGUCUAACAUUCUAAAUAUCCAACACUGGACUUCAUCUGGACUUGAACCUACCUUGAGUGAUGAUUUGCACUCGAGAAUACCUAAUAAUGGUUACAACUCUGAACUCCAGUACCUUGAUAAUCAAAGGUUUCAAAAUUACGUUGAAGAAGAUGAGGAAAUAGUGUUUCCCGGAAGGCCUAAAAGUAGCAGUGAUUUUCCUCUGAGGAGACCUUCAGCUGAUAUUCAGGGCUCAUUUUCAAAUUCCCCAAGCCUUCCUUCCCUUUCAAAUGAAGUUUCCGAAAGUGACCUGCCUAAUCGCCAGGAUGAUAAGUUGCACCCUUUUGGCCUGUUGAUGUCUGAGCUCAGAGGCAGCUCUCAUUUAAGACCUGCUCAAGCUUCCAAUGUGUCUUUAGGCAUGGAUGAUCAGGCUCAGUUUAGAGAUACCUUGUUUGAGGGAGGUAUCUCCAAACUGAGUUGGUUGAAUAAUCCUAAUAUCCCAAUGCAUCAAGUAGUGCCUGAUAUGGAACAUCUAAUAGAACUACAGCGUCAAGAGCAGCAGCAUCGCCUAUUGGAGCUUCAGCAACAACGCCAGUUUGAGUUUCAUCGUCAGCAGCAGCACGAGUUGGAAUUUCAACAGCAGCAGCAGCGGCAAUUGGAACUCCAGCAACAGCGCCAGUUGGAGCUACAGCAGCAGCGCCAGUUGGAACUUCACCACUUGGAGCUUCAGCAGCAGCACCAGUUGGAGCUACAGCUGCAGCGCCAGUUGGAGCUACAGCAACAGCGCCAGUUUGAGCUACAGCAACAGCGCCAGUUGGAGCUACAGCAACAACGCCAGUUGGAGCUUCAGCAACAGCAGCAACACCAUUUGGAGCUUCAACAACAGCAGCAGCGGAAGCUGGAGCUUCAGCAGCUGCAGCGUCAUCAGCAACAGCGGCAGUUGGAGUUUCAGCAGCAGCGCCAAUUGGAGCUUCAGCAACAGCAGCAUCAAUUGGAGCUUCCGCCUCAGCACCACUUGCAGCAGCACCUUCGCCAUCAACAAAAAUUGCAGCAACAACAGCAGUCCCAAGCCGAACAAUUGCUCCUCGAACAAUUAUUGAAUCGACAAAUGUCUGAUGGUUAUGGGCAGUGGAAGAUGGAUGCUACACGAGCCAACCUUCAUGAUCAGUUACAUUCCAGUAACCACCUUCCAAAUGAUUUGCACCAUGUAUCUCAUUCAUCAAGGCACGAUCCCUCGCUAGAGCAGAUCAUCCAAGCAACUAUGGGCGAGGGUGCACUCCAAGGACAGACUGAUUUUUUUGACCUCAUAUCGCAGGCCAAGCAAGGGAAUAGGAACACUUCAGAGCUGCCACUUCGUCUUAAUGAACAAGAGUUGCAAGCACAGCAAUUAUCUUUGGCAUUUAGAGAGCAGCAGCAGAUAGAAGGGGAAAGGCGUAUUGGUGGGCCUUGGUUUGCAGAUGAAGCAGGUCCUUUUUUGAGGGAUCCCGUUGGGCAUCACCAGGCACACAUGUUGGGGCAUAAUUCUUCAGAAAAUUACCAGCAACAGCAGAGGUUUCCAUCCAAUGAACAGGAACCAAGCCAUAACGAUUGGAGUCAUGCCUCUAAGGAGAGACCUCAGGGAGGGUUUUAUGAAUCUAACUCUAUGGAAUUUGAUAGAUUCUCUGUUCCUGCUGGUUCUCAUGGAAUGAACUUGGAUAUUGCAAACAUACGUGGACAAGAUCUAGAGGUGAGGGAACAAUAUCGGCUUAAUUCCUCUAUUGAUGAGCGUGGAUCUCUAUCAUCUGGCGUAACCUCUCACCGUCGUUUGGUUUCUGAUGAGUUUUAUGCUUCUCAUCCAGUUACUUUUGAAAGCUUGCCAUCUGGGAACAAUGGGCAGCUAGAAAGUAGCUGCACUGAAGCAGUAAUGCCUUAUUUGCAUCUUGAUGCUGAGCAAAAACGACGAGACACGGAAGACACCAUUGCUUUUACUGCUUCAAAUAGGUUGGCUUCAACUAACGGUGAUAAGGAACACUCCAAACAAAUUUUGAUGGACCUUCAUCAAAAACUUGGUCAUCAGCCUACACAGUCAUCAGAAGUUGAUUAUCAGCAUCACUUAUCCUCAUGCAGAAGUCAGGGAGGCUCUGUACAUCUUCCUUUAAAUCUUCUUCCAGAUCAGUCAGUUGGUAUGAGCAACUGCUUCACAGAAGGCCCACAGAGUUCAAAUUUUAGUCUCUUGUUGCAAGAUCAGUUGGGUAGUUAUGGUAUGAAUGAGCAACCAAGUAAUCUGGCAAGAAGAUCUGAUUCCAGAGCAUUUAUGGACGCUCAAUUCUUGUCAGGAACCAGGGAUGCUCCUCAUGAAGGCAACAUGGCAAACCAACAAGACACAGCCAUUGAGAGCGGGGAACUACCUAGUAAUACCCAUAGCAGGCAUAGCUCACUGAGCAGUGCUGGUGGAUGUGGGGGUUUUCACAGCUCUGAGAUGGGAUUAGAUAAAUCACUUGGAGAAGAUGUUUCUGAUGGGAGGCUGCCGUCUACUAUAACUAAAGGGUUUGACAGUGCUACACAGAGACGCCGCGUCUUAUCUUCACAGGAUGUUUCGUCUGAGUCUGCACUCUCUCUGCCUGUCAAGCCAAGAAGCUCCAUAAGCCUCAGAACUUCUGAAAAAAAUCCUGCUGCCACACUGAUCUCUGAAUCUCGGGCAUCUAGGAAAAAUGAUGCACAGUUUAGGAGGACUUCAUCUUACAGUGAUGCUGGUGUCUCUGAGACAUCCUUCAUAGAUGUGCUCAAGAAACCAGUCAUUCCAGAGGCUGACGUAGCCAGCAGGGGUGCAGUGGAGUCAUCCGAUGGAGGUGGCCAAGUGGGGCGAACUGGCAAGAAGAAAGGCAAGAAAGGAAGACAGAUCGAUCCUGCUCUCCUUGGCUUUAAGGUAUCCAGCAACCGGAUCAUGAUGGGUGAGAUCCAUCGCCUUGAUGAGUGACGCAACAGAACCAUGCUUGGUGACAGACAUGGCCAGAUUGACAUAUGUUUUAAUAUCAUUAUUCUGUUCAGGUAUAAAAAAUGUACAGCUAACUUGAGAUGUAUAGUUGACCUUUAGUUUUCCAGUCAUCUCAAUCAGAAGGUAGAUACGCAGUUUCGAAGCGUUUCAUUGGUUGACUGGUAUAUAUAGAGGUGUAAACAAUUCAAAUUUUGUAAGAAGCAUAGCAAUAGAAGUAUAGAAACCUCGAUGAA